AUGGCCGUAGUUGAAGAAAACAACUUCAUCGGGCUAUCCCUAUCGCAGCUAAUCCUGUCCAGCAAUUCAAACACGCUGGACUCGAUCUUCUCUUACUGCCAUCAGCCGUCGAACCACCCGGCUACGAACCAUGUCCCCGGGCCACUCGGCACCUCCGUCUACCUGAGGCAGAGAGAUUUAAUCCAGACACUCUCGAACAAAAAUCAUUCGCUCACGAGAAAUCCGUUAUCCAGCCCCAGCCGAGCCCAGCAGCUGGGCCGGAUCAUGCCGACCUAUUUCAGCCCGAGCAAGCGGAAGCUCUACCGUGGGGUCCGUCAGCGGCACUGGGGCAAGUGGGUGGCCGAGAUCAGGCUCCCCCAGAACCGGACGAGGGUCUGGCUCGGGACAUACGACACGGCCGAGGCCGCUGCCUACGCGUACGACCGGGCAGCCUACAAGCUCCGUGGGGAGUAUGCUCGGCUCAACUUCCCCAACCUGCGGGACCCGGCCCGGGUGGGGCUCGGGGAUGCGGCACGGCUGGAGGCCCUGAGGGGUGCGGUGGACGCCAAGAUUCAGGCCAUCUGCCAGAGGGUGAGGCGGGAGAGGAGGGCCCGACGGGCCGCGAGGCGGGCUGAGGGCGAAGAGGAGGCCCGGCCUGGAAUAGUGGCGGAAAAGACGGAUUCGCCACCGUCGAAAGCGGAAAGUGGGAGCAGUGGCACGGAUGGCGGAGGCAGCUCUCCGGAGUCGUGGUGCUCGCUUGCUCGGCUGCCGUCGAUCGACCCGGAGUUGAUAUGGGAGCUCACUCUGAUUUCUGUUGUUCCUUCCGCUUCACGAGUUCUCAGUAUUCCCCUGCCAUCCUCCUUCGCGACCCAUUUGUCACUGUCGUCGCCAAACCCCCGACCUUCGUCCUCCACUCGCCACUGCUUCCCUACACCCUAUCCACUACCCUCCCACAGCCCUUAUGUUCGUUGCCUUGUCGCACUACCAAACGCCACAACACUGGCUGCCGAUUUGCCUGAAAAGCCCACCAUGCUCUCCCACGUCCUCUCUGACUCCAGCUUCUCAUCCUCCUACCCGCCUAACUACUGUGAUUUCACCUACGACGCCCGAGACAUGUCGACCUACUUGCGCACGCCCUCCCAAGCCUCUUCUGAUUAG